ACCAAGCGCAACACAAGAUCUUAACUUUGCUUGUUGAGCAGACUCAGCCGGCAAGUCCAACGAAACUGUCAUGUCAAAAUCAGACAGAGUUGUGUUGGUUCUGGGUGGAGCCGGGACAGUUGGCUCUGGAAUAGUCAAAGCCCUACUGGAUAAAGGUUUCAAAGUUGCGGUAAUCUCGAGAGACAGCAACCGGCUGGAGAGACUCACAUCAUUCAUCUCUGCCAACACGAAAGACAGCCUCAUCACAAUUGUAGGUGACGUGGGCUCAGAGGUUGGAGUGGAGCAGGCGAAACAGGACCUCCUCAAAAAGGUGGGAAAGAUUACAGAUGUCAUUUCCUCUCUGGGGUUCAGUUGGUGGCAGGGAGGACCUCCACAUACCCAGACCCUCAAAGAUCUGCACUGGGUGAUGGAAUCUUUACUUUUUAGUACAUUUGUGUCAUGGAAGGCCUUCUUUCCUUUGGUGAGAGAUGAUUCCAAAUGUACCUACACAUUUAUCACAGGGGGAGCAGGAGAAAAGCUUCUGAUGCACGGUACUGGUUUCCUGACUGUCGGAGCUGCCAGUGCCCUGGCCUUCUGCCAGGUCCUACGAGAAGAGUACCCAGAAUCACCCUGCAAACUCUACCAAAUGAAGAUAGACACAGGUGUUGCUACAACGGAGAGAAUGACCCCUGGGUACUUGAAUCACCUUGACCUGGGUGAUGCUGUUGCCAAACUGGUGGAACAACAAAACGCAUCUCACGUCGUUUUCACCAUCAGAUGCCCUGCAGAUUUAAAAUCUGUCGUCUUGGAUGAGAACAUUUAAAAUUGAGAAACCCCGCCAUGUUCUCCCUCUUUUCACACAUUUCUAAUGGUCUUACUCUCACCUAACUUCCUUGAAAUAGAAAAAUGCUGCUCGUUGUAUCAGCAACUGUUUUGUAAUAUGUAAUAGUUGUCCCAAAAAAAU